CCUGUGGGUGCCUUGCUCCCUCCGUCUGCACAGCUGGAACCAGAGAGAGGAGACGCCAUGACCCCCACCCUGACGGCCCUGCUCUGUCUCGGGCUGAGUGUGGGCCCCAGGACCCGAGUGCAGGCAGGGACCCUCCCCAAACCCACCAUCUGGGCUGAGCCAGGCUCUGUGAUCCCCCGGGGGACCCCUGUGACCAUCUGGUGUCAGGGGAGCCUGGAGGCCCAGGAGUACCACCUGCAAAAAGAGGGAAACUCGGUGACCUGGGACAGUCAGAAGCCACUGGAGCCCAAGGACAAGGCUAAGUUCUCCAUCAAAUACAUGACAGAUGUAGAUGCAGGACGAUAUCUCUGUAACUAUCGCAGUCCCACUGGCUGGUCCGAGUACAGUGACCCCCUGGAGCUGGUGGUGACAGGAUGACAGGACAAACCCCAGCUCUUAGCCCUACCCAGCCCUGUCGUGACCUCAGGAGAGAAUGUGACCCUCCAGUGUGGCUCAUGGUUCGGAUUUGACAGGUUUGUUCUGAUGAAGGAAGGAGAACGCCAGCCGUCCUGCACACUGGUCUCCCAGCGAGCCCCCAGUGGGGGGUCCCAGGCCCUGUUCCCUGUGGGCCCCGUGAACCCCAGCCCCAGGUGGACGUGCAGAUGCUAUGGUUAUUACAACAACACCCCCCAGAUAUGGUCGCACCCCAGUGACCCCCUGGAGCUGGUGGUCUCAGGUCACAAGUACCAGAGAAUUUUGAUCCAGGUCCCUGUGAUCUUCCUCGUCCUGCUCUUCCUUCUCCUCUUCCUCCUUAUCCAACACCAGCACCAGAAAAAAAGCUUCAUGUCAGGUGACUAACAUCCUGAAGUUGACACCAGAACCCUGCAGAAAAGCUCCAGCUCCAUGGCUCCUGUCCAGGAGGAGAAUCAGAAUGCUGAGGUGAGAGAGUCCCAGCCUGAGGAAGACAUACAGAUGGACAGUCAGAUGAGCCCCUGCUCCUGUCCAGGGCACCCAGCACAGCCUUGUUAAUUAGUUAAAUGUAUGGGCUGCUUCUCCAUCUUCCUAUUCCUCAGCUCAGCGGCAUCUGACCUCACCCUUCCUCUUGAAAGGCCACAGCAUCUGAAGACCCCCAGGAUAUGACCUAUGCCCAGUUGAACAGCGGACGAGUGCACCCCCUUCCUCCCAGUCAACGGAGCCCCCAGCAGAGCCCAGUAUGUAUGCUGCUCUGGCCGUCCACUAGCCCGGGAAAGACCCAGACCUCACACCCCAUGGAAGGGGGAUUGCAGAGACCCCAGGAGGCCCUGGGGCUGCCCCCCAGCCCCGUGGACACUCAGCUAAUGCCCCCAGGCCUGGGGACCUUUUGUAAGCAAGCAGGAUAUCCUGGAGCUUUAGAAAUCACUUAAUUCUGCAGGGCGCCUGGGUGGCUCAGUUGGUUAAGCAACUGCCUUCUGCUCAGGUCAUGAUCCUGGAGUCCCUGGAUCGAGUCCCGCAUUGGGCUCCCUGCUCGGCAGGGAGUCUGCUUCUCCCUCUGACCCUCCUCCCUCUCAUGCUCUCUGUCUCUCAU